CUGUGUGAAACAUGGCGGAUCAGUUAGUAAAGAUGAAGGCCAGUUUAUUGUUUUUCUAUUUCCACCUUCCAUAUUACUAACCUUAACUAACAAUACACGAUGGUGUUAUCGGAGAUUCCUUCAGCGCGAGCCUUUCAAGCUAUUCGUUCCGUUAGUGUGACCGAACUUUCGCGUUUGAAGGAAGAAGAGGUUCGUCCUUUGUUGCCAUGUUUGGUCCGAAUGGCACUCUGCUCGCCAGUUGAUGAAAGCCCAAAGUGGACUGAAGCACGUAAAGAGGUCCAGAAGCUUUUAUCCGGCCUAGAAGUUGUGAACUCCAUUGUGGCGCUUCUGUCGGUGGAUUUUAGCCUUCUCGAGCAAGAUGCGCUGAAAGAACAACAGUUAAGAAGGAAAGCGGGCGGGAAUGCUGGCACCAGUGUUCUGGUCGAGAACUUACAAAAUGGCCUUGCCCUGGAAUUUGAGCGAAGUGAACCAUCAAGGCGGCUUCGCCUGGUGCUGAGUGAACUCUUGCGUAUUAUGAGUCAGGUGAGCCCAAAACUGCUUUCGCCGUCGACAUUGCUUGCGAAAACAGCCAACAUUGUGGUGCUACUAAUGCACAAAUAAUAUCUGAGGAACAAGAUCAGAAAUUCCAUACUGAUGACUUGUCACUACCCAGAUCUUCAUAUUACUUUAAUGUGAUUGGUUGUGCUGAGAGGGAAAUUUGCUUCCACUGAUCAGAAGCAGAACUCAUAUCUGGGUGGUGAAAUGUCAUCAUUGUAGAAUUUCUGGGCUUGUUCAUUAGAUGUCAUUUUGCAAGGAAACCUCAAUGGAGGUCAAAAGUCUUAGGACACUUAACAUGAUACAUCUUAAACUGCCUCCCUCACCCCGUUGCCCCAAGGAAAGUUGUAGUUUGUGCACCCUGCACACUUAACCCUGUCCUAAAAACAUUGUUUGGAUGGGGGAUGGGAUGGCCAUUCGGGGCAUUCGAAAUAUUGCAGAAGUGGAUGUUCUGGUACAACUGUAUAGUUGAUACAUGUACCUGUGUGUUAUUGUUAUUGAAGGAAGGUUUUCAAUAAUUGUCCCAAGGAUUUUGGCCUCCAUUUCAGAACUUUGCAGCAUCGCAAUAUGACAGCAGUUUUACUCAGGCUUCAGUAUACUAGCGACGGAGUCUUUGUUGGAGUUAAAAAAGCGGCAAUGACCAAGUGAAAAUAUAAAAACAGCUGAAUGAGACCAUGCUGUUAGCCUGAAUUUCAUCAAGAACAAACAUGUGACCUUCUUUGGGAAAACGUACACUAACGAUAUUUCGUUAAACGGUUAGACCGUUAGCUGUCCGUUAGUCAUCCGUUAGAUGAUUCAAUGAAAAUCGUUAGAGGCGUUAGGCAAUUCGUUAGCAACUCAUCCGUAGCCGUUAGAGCGUUAGUUGUAUCCGUUAGAGGUGUUAGUCAAUUCGUUAGCAACUCAUGUAUAUCCGUUAGAGCGUUAGUUGUAUCCGUUAGAGCGUUAGUCCAGGAAACUAAAGCGUUAACUGACGAUUCUAUUGCUUUGCUGAUCAAGGCCGCUGCCUUAUGGGCGCCCUGUCGUCAGAGGUUUUACGAUUAAUUUUAUUCGCCGGCGGGCGACGAAAUUAUAAACAAGGAGCCCGCGCCGGGCACCUGAAACUAGUGAUUCUUGCCAAACCCGUUUCCCAACGUCCAGUGAGCGAGCGACACAAUUCCCUACCCGUUCUACGCUUUUGAAACGAAAAAUUAAUAUCAAAAUGCUUGGUCGUCGGCUGUAGGCAAAAGAUAUCGACGAUAAGAAGUAAACAAACAAGCACACGUCUUGAAAUCCGCUUCUCUGCAGACUUCCGCUAAUUGAUCUCGAAUGAAUUGAAUGGUUGCAGGAAAACCUUCGGUAUAAAAGUCAUGACCUUCUUCCCGUCUUUUUGAUUUGUAGUCCUAAAUAACUGAGGCUCUCUAGUAAUUAAAAAAGUCUACAAUCAUUCAAUACAGCUUUUAUUCAUGUGUUGUCCGUCACACAACGCUUCACUGCGUAUUCAAAUUCCCGGGAGUCAAAUUUCAACCGAAAUUUGCAUAAAGUUGUUUACGAAACCCGACGGCAUCUUGUUGAAAAACUUUCAUCAGACAUCGAGGGGCUUGCUUGAUAUAGUUUUUGGAAACAUUACAGUCCCAAGUCAAGAUACGUGUUUGCAAACAGUAGUUCUUGUCAAUACGAUGCAGUAGAAGUUUCAUUCCAGGAGAAAUUGGACGGCCUGUUUUGAAGCGCAGUCGUUUCGAGAGCAAGUCGAUUUCGAUUAUUAUUUUACUCGUUGAUCACAUCACUAGUGAUUUUGAUGCUUUCAAUUUUCAGCCGUUUAUCGAUCGACAGCUGUACUUAAAACUUUCGCUCAAUACAUUGAUAACAACAAGAUGAACUAACCAGCCGUUAAUAGAUUGCUUAAUAGGGAAUAGCGCUCGAUUACUGCCACCAAUUCAACUGUUAGAGCGUUAGAACAAAUCGUUAGAGCGUUAGAACGAACCGUUAGAGCGUUAGAACAAAUCGUUAGAGCGUUUGGACAAAUCGUUAGAACGUCAGAACAAACCGUUAGAACGUUUGGACAAACCGUUAGAACGUUAGAAAAGCCGUUAGCUAUCCGUUAGCUAUCCGUUAGUUUUCUAACGAUAACGAAAUAUCGUUAGUGUACGUUUUCCCAAAGAAGGUCACACAUGUGUGAAUAAAUUUUAAGGUACAUUGUACCAUUGAGUACAAAACAGUCUUUUUUGUUUAGUGAGCCUGUCUAGCUUUCGCUUGGCUAUGUCCUAGAAGUCACCCCAGGGAAAAUGCACACACUUGCAUUAUUUAGUUUUGAUGGCUUACAUCUUCUAGAAUCUUGUGCCCUGAUUAGCUGGUAGUCCACUGUUGUGAUAUUAAAGGUGGGAAGGUCAGUUUCUCUACUGCUCGCUUCCUCCUGCACUGUGCUUGAAAAUGACCAACUCAUGAUUUAUUUUUUAAUUUACUGUCUGGCACUUAAAUUUUAGGUUGAUGUUUCAGAGGAAUUUAUUCCUGAAAAGUGUGAACUGUUUGAAAGUGAAGUGUAUUUAGAGGAGGUAUCAGAUGUCAUUUGCAUUGCACAGGCAGAGCUGCCUUCACUACUGGCUCUAAACCAGCUUGCUGAAGCCUUAUUAAGGGUAAAGCAUGGCUCUUGGCUGCUGUGCCGACUAGUUGCUAAUGCCCCUGAUAGCUUUGAACAAGGUAUAGUGUUGUUAAUAACAGGGUGUUGUCUGUUGAAAUCAGUAGGGGGCUUAAGCCAAGGUAUUUUUGAGCUACACACAUCAUCCAGAAGUGAGACCUUUUCCCUUUUAAUUUGCCUUGAUGCUACCAAAUUUUUAUUACUAAUGCUCUAUACUCUUUAAGAGAUGAUCUACCCAAAAUUGGGGGAAACCACUGCAUAAGAAUCCAAAAGUUCCACGUCCAGUUGAUGUGUGUUUCUCAUGCUGAAGCUCCCUAUGGAUGCUAUAAAGAACUAUCAUGGGUGCAGCCAACAAUGCAGUCAUAAAAUUGUAGGGAAAUAUGUAUCAUGCACACACCUUUGGAUCGUGACUGCUAUUGCUGGUAUUUGUGUGACAUCAGAGGGGUCAUGUUGGCUGGGAGCUACAAGUAAAAACGUUUUUUUUAUGCAAGUUCUGUAAAAAAAUGUAUUGUAUUGACCUCCAAUUGCCUUGUCAAGGUAGCAAAAGCCAAGCAUUUGGUAGCUGUGUGAAAAAUACUUGUGCAGUACAGAGGUUACAGAGGUUUUCAAGGAACACUCAUGAAAAUAAUUGUUUUGCAGGUUAAAGAAAUUUUUCAGUGGCUGUUGGUGUAUGGUAAUCCUCAUAAUAAACUGCUAAAUGUUUGGCAAAGAUCACAGUAGCAUUACACCAUAUAGCAGGUUUUCUGAUAACACAAAACACAAGGCAUAAAUCACAAUGAGUCAGUGACCAGUAACUUUAGAAUGGAACUCUAGCUAGCUUGUGGAAAGCAUGCCAAACAUUUUUGGUGGGUACAACAUUUUGGUGUUCUGUCUGCUAAUUGAAACUUAUUCUCUAGUAUGCACGUCAUUGCUGGAACAUGGUGAAGUACAAGAUGAAGGAAGUACUGGAGGGAUAGUGCGCACACAAGUCCUACGACAGCUCUGCACCAUGAACCCUAGCUCUGCUCUUGUUGUUCAUUCUGAGGCAUUGAGACUAUGCCACAUGCCUGGUCUUGCUGUGGCACUUAUCCUUGACUUUGGUAUUGACGGCAAUGGUACGUAGAACUUACCUUACUGAGCAGAGCCUAGUUGUCCAUGGGGGCUUACUUUGCCUUUUGGCAACUAGAGUUCUCUAAAUUUUUCUUUUAAUGCGACUACUGCCAUACAGAGAAGGAAUCAGAUGUCGCAAUUCUUCUAAUGAAUGCUACUCUCUACUUAUUAACAAAAGGAUUAUAAAUUCCAUUCAAACAGAUGUUUUUCAUUGGCAAACAAAUAUUCAGACAAGUUGUAAAUCCUUUUGAGUGGAUAAUGAGUGAUUAUCCCUUUGAAACUGACAACCAUUAGUGUCCUUUUUACCUUUUACAAUCUUACUUUUUGUUUUCUUUUUGAUUAGCGCCACACCUGAUUUUGAGCCUAAAAAGAGAAAAUAUAAUAAUUUUGAGCCUUUUUUUUUUUUGGCUGCCCAGCAAAAAAAUAUAAGUUUCUUGAAAAAGAAAUUUACAGUCAACUUGUUAUUAUUGGUGACCAUAUUAAUGGAGUUCCACUGUAAAAGGAAUAGUUAAAAGGAAAAGUAAAAAAAUAAUAAUAAUAAUUAAAUAAAUUCCAUUUUCCUGUCUGGUAUUUAGGAAAACUAAAUAAAUCUUCUAAAUCAAUUUAAUAACAUUACCCUCAAACCAGUUGGUUGUUGUAUGAAAAAAUAAGCCAGUCAGUCAAUCAGCCAGAAAGCAAGGACUAGGAAUUAUUUUAUUUAUACUGUCUGUCUUUUGAAAAACAGGGAGUAAGCUGAGACAAAAGUUAAAGCUGGCAUUAAUAUUGUUAUUGUAUCAUUACUGAUGAUUAUAAUAGCCCACGUUCAAUAGUAUUAAAAUUCUAUCGUGACUCUGAGGCUUUAUAGACAAAUUUGCAAAUUUUUCACGACUCCAUUGUCUCUCAAUUCCCAGAAGAGACUUGACGCAAAAAAAACCAAACCAAAAAGAGAAAUAUAACCAGAAAGCCUCGGAGUCAUGUUAGAAUUUUCAUAAAUUGAACGUGGGCUAUUGUUAUAAUGAAAAUAUUUUGUUUUUCGCAGGUUCGUUAAGCUCCAGUGACUUGGUUGCAUUUCUCAGUGGUCUUUUAUUGGGAGAGGACACCAAGGCUAAAAAUUGGUUUUCUUCAUUUGUUCGGAUUGGACAAAGGGUCAGUAUUUUAAAUGUCCUGGGAAUUGCCAUUUUUUUUGUACAGCUGUCUAGAUUCACAGAACUGCUUCUAAGUAGGAUUUGUUCCAUUUAGUUAAUAAUAACAGUUUUAUUAUUGUUUUCUUCAACUAGUCCAACACAUCAAUCUUGUCUUCACUGAGGAGUCAACUGCUGAAAGAAAUGUCAUCGAUAGUCUCUAAAGGGGUAAAAAAGGGGGUGAAAUCACUGGAUGACACAUCUGGCAUGGAGUUUACCAUUCAGGAUGCAGUAACUGAGCAUAGCAUAGCUCAUCAAGAUGAGGAAACCCUGGAAAUACUCCAAGGUCAGUGUCAGGGGUUUAACCCUGGAAAAAAUACAAAAGUGCCUAAGGCUUAAAAGCUAAUAGAUGAGAGUAGUUAUUUAUUAGAAUAUUGUGGUUUAUUGUAAGUGUACUAUGCACACAAUGUAGUCUAGUUGGAAUACAAUAUAAAAACUCUAUGAAAAGGUUUCUAAACUGACUUUAUCAAAAUGCAUUGUUCAAGGUAAGGACAAGCUUUUUUAAAGUGUAGUGAUCAAUUUACUUUAAAGAGGUUCCCCAGUAGCGUUCUUCAAUCCCUUAAUCGGGACCCAGAAUUUCAUGCAGUCUUGUAAUCUUGAUAGUUAUUUUUGGCACCCCACCUCACGCAAAUACUUUCAAUCCCAAGUCUCGGCCUGAUUUUGCUUUAUAAUCCUGAAUCUUGAGCUUCAAAUAAGGGAAAUCCUGGCUGCCAAAAAACCUAUUGAGGACCCUCUUUAAACUUGCUUCAUUUUAGUGUGCUAUUAGUGAUGACAAGCGUACUUUAAAUUUAAUGCACCAAAAUGUGAGCAAUAUUGGAUCAUUGAUGCCAGUCAGAAGUUCUUCCUAAAGGAAUGCACAGUCCCUUAUCAAGGGUCAAUUUACUUAGUGUAACCAUUGUUUUAGAAUUUGAAAACAAUAAAUACACUUGUAAUUUACAAUAUUAAUGUAGAAGUUUUAUAAAAAUUGAUCACUGAUCAAUGAGUGUCCACCAACUGAAUUUAAUUCCACAGCUAUGGAAGUGAGUACAGAGUAUGAACUAACAGAAGAGGGGUCUUCAAUACAAAAGAUCAACAUUGAAAAGGUAGAAACCAUAGAAAUUCGAGAUGAAGAUGUAAUUCAAGGGACAGCACUACUGAGACUUUACUGCGCACUCAAAAGAUUGGCAGGAAUGAAGCUGAGUCAACAGGAGUCAGAGGCAUUGCUCCAUCUUGUCACAUGCCACCCCCCACCCACUGCUGCAGGCGUGAGGUUUGUUGUAGUUGGACUUUGCACCCUUUUGGUCUGCACCAAUAUUAUGAGGUAAGUCUUCAUCACUAUUGGUAGGUUCAUUAACUUUUUUAGCUUUCAGAGUUUACAUGUAAUAAUUAUACGGAAAUCUCAAAGUAAUGCAGUGCUCAUGGAAGCAGCGUUGAAAGGAGCAGUGUCAGUGGAAGCAGAGGUGAUGGGAGCAGUGCUGGUGGAAGCAGUGUUGAUGGGAGUAGUGCUGAUGGAAGCAGUGGUGAUGGGAGCAGUGCUGGUGGAAGCAGAGGUGAUGGGAGCAGUGCUGGUGGAAGCAGUGUUGAUGGGAGCAGUGCUGAUGGAAGCAGUGGUGAUGGGAGCAGUGCUGGUGGAAGCAGUGGUGAUGGGAGCAGUGCUGGUGGAAGCAGUGUUGAUGGGAGCAGUGCUGGUGGAAGCAGUGUUGAUGGGAGUACUGCUCAUGGAGGCUGUGGUCAUGGGAGCAGUGCUUAUGGAAGCAGUGGUGAUGGGACCAGUGCUGGUGGAAGCAGUGGUGAUGGGAGCAGUACUGGUGUAAGCAGAGGUGAUGGGAGCAGUACUGGUGGAGGCAGUGUUGAUGGGAGUACUGCUCAUGGAGGCUGUGGUCAUGGGAGGAGUGCUUAUGGAAGCAGUGGUGAUGGGACCAGUGCUGGUGGAAGCAGUGUUGAUGGGAGUACUGCUCAUGGAGGCUGUGGUCAUGGGAGCAGUGCUUAUGGAAGCAGUGGUGAUGGGACCAGUGCUGGUGGAAGCAGUGGUGGUGGACGCAGUGUUGCUGGCAGCACUGCUGGUGGAAGCAUUGGUGGAAGAUGCAGUGUUGGUGGAAGCAGUGUUGAAAGGAGAAGGCUGGUGGAAGCAGUGGUGAUGGGAGCAGUGCUAGUGGAAGCAUUUGUAGUGGAAGCAGUGUUGUUAGAAGCAGUGAUGGCGGGAGUAGUGCUGGUGGAAGCAGUGUUGAAAGGACAGGGUCCGAAAUUAACUUUUUAAUAUGGGCGCCCACUGGUGAGCAAGUAUAAAUUUUCGGUCGCCAGGGGGCAAAUUAUGGUCGCCAAAAAUUCCUCUUGGCGGCUUGGAAACGUUCAACUCGUCUUGAUCGUAGCUGUUGUGGAGGUAUAUUUACAGGAAGAUUCGUUUCACUUUUAAAUUAAAAAAAUAUCUGCAGGACGAAAAGUAAGACACCUGUUGGCAAAUAGCUUCGAGGUUUCAAUUCUUAAUCAUUUUCUCCGAACGUGAAAGUCUACAAUGACAACCAGCUUUACCAGUCGCCAGCUGGCGACCAACUACGAAAUUCUGGUCGCCAGAACUGAAUUUUUGGUCGCAUUGGCGACCAGGAAGGCGCAAUUUCGGACCCUGAAGGAGCAGUGCGGUGGAAGCAGUGGUGAUAGGGGCAGUGUUGUGGAAGCAGUGGUGGUGGAAACAGUGAUGGUGGUAGUAGUCCGUCCUUAUUGGGAUAUUUGGCGCCAGCUGAUUAGUCUAUAAUAGAGACAGUGUUCAAAAGUAGAGCCUCUACUUUUGUGUCUCACGUUGCCACAUUUGGUGGACGGGGGAGUGUAGUGCAUCUGCUGUUAUUGUUCCAGAUAUUUUGCCAUAAUUAGAGAGGCUGAUUUAUGACAGUUCUUCCUGUGUUUAGUUCUCCAGAACAUGAGCAGAUUGCCACCCAGUGGAUCAAGUGGCUGUCGAAGGAAGAAGCCCACUAUGAAGCAGCAAGCGGGGUACAUGCAUCAUUUGGAGAAAUUCUCCUAUUGAUCGCAAUUCAUUUUCAUGCCAGUCAGGUGGAUGCUAUUGCUGAACUUGUGUGCUCUGUACUCGGUAUGAACAUUAGACUGGGCUCACUGACGCGAAUGAAAACUUUGUUCACUGAGGAAAUAUUUCCUGAGAAGGUUUGUGAACAAUGCACUACAGUAGCCCAUAUUAGCAAGCCCUCUCGUAUUAUCGUGUGGAAAGGAAGGAAUAGACCCCCCUCUAGCCUGAAUCCAUCUGUUCUCCCCCGGAAGCUUGCUUCCUUUUUUAGUAUUACCGUUUAAGUUUAUAGGUCAUUUCAGGGCAAACUAAAGAACCCCUAUCGUGAUAUAUUUAGUCAUUAUUUUAUAGGAAAAGUUCCUGAAAUUGAAGGAUAGUGAACCAAAAAAGGCGAAGGAUUGUUAAAGAUAGAAUAGAUUAUCGUCUACUGCUUUUAAGUAGAAAGUCGACAAUUUUGUGCAGUUCCUUUCAUGUAUGAAAAUAUUUACAUUGCCUAUCAUACUUCUUGUUUGCUUUAAAAUACCUGCUGCUGCUGGUCAGUGCUUAACUUUUUAUGCCUUCUAUGGUAUAGCAAGCUGAUUACGCGGUAGAUAUUCCUUGAUUUCCAUGAUGUGUGGUGGGUGGUUAAGGAACAAGAUUACCGCACUUAAGGAAAUGACGUAUUUUGCAAAUCACAUUAAUUAGAGACCGCAGGUUGCUAGGAUGAUGAAAAGAAUAUGAUUUUUGCGUGCAUCGUUACCCACAUACCCUGUAACUGGCGGGUUCCACAAAAAACGUUAUCUACUUGCCCCAGCAGCUGAGUUUGGUUGAGGUUAACCGCCGAGCGUAAUCAAUCUUACUUGUUAAACGGCAAAAUAGAUCGUCAUAAAAAAUUAAGCAACAAUCGGUUUUGAUAGUUUCAGCUGGAAAAAGAGUACACAGUCGGGUUUCUUACAGGUGUAAAAGGUUUUUACUUGAUGUACAAUUAUAAAACUUUAAGUAUUACUUAUCGAUAAUUUCCCUCUGCAUUAUUUUAAUGAUGGGUAUCGCAAUAAUUUCAUUAGUUGAGUUCCCAAGAAAAAGUGAAAUGAAUUAUUAUUUUGUUUCUAGACUCUCUCUUAAAGUAAAACUUGUUGUAAGUUUGGACAAGUAAAACUAGAAUCACAUUAUCCACCGAAUCAGUCGAGGCCAUAUUUUUUUUUCUUCUACAGGUGGUUACAGCUCAUGCAGUAACAGUUCCCGUUACACCACAGUUGAGCUCUGAUGACACUGGAUUUCUGCCAAUUCACUGCAUGCAUCAGCUGCUCCGAUCCAGAGCGUUCACCAAGCAUGCCGUACCAGUUAAGGUCAGCAACAUUUUACACAAAAUCGUGAAGUUCCGAAAGUAGACGCCCUCGUUGUUAAUAGUCACUGCGCUUGACGCUUUGGAAAUUGUUGAUCCUAGAACACAUUACUAUACAAACCCUUUAUAUUGUCCUUGUCCACCAUGAGUUCUUCCUUAUCUUAGAGGGAUAAUAAUAACAAUUAUUAUUACUAUUAUUUACUGGUUACAUAGUUACUGGUUAUGAAAUCUGGCAACUGGUGGUCACUGAUAAGAACAACGGUGUUACAGUCUACGUUGGAAGCUCCGUGACGGUGAACAGUCCUUUGUUUUUGUUCAUAAAUUAUUGUGACUGAAUGAAUUAAUGAGACGUUUUUACUUUUUGGGGUCAGUAAGAUCAAAAUAAUAGGAAUGCUAUUGAACGUUGUGCACCAUCAAAUCCAAAAUACCUGACAAAAACAGAUCAGGAAAGAACUCUGAGCUUCAUAAGCUUUUAACUUUAUAAACAAUGAUUUACGGCACAAAUGCUAGAGGGGCCGAACAAAUGACUGACACAAAUGAUUUACAUGAAACAUGACAGAGUUAAGGCAGAAUCUUCCACUGGCAGGAGGUGAUCCGUUGGCCUAUUUACAACCAUCGCUGAGGAGUUAAACUCGGAACUAAGCGAUCAGGACGGAACUUGGAUCAGAGCUACUGGAUGCGAGUCCAGCGCUCCCACCGCUCGACCAAACUGCCUGCCUCAAGGGGUCGGGGAGGAAGAGAAAAAAGAGAGGGGUUGAGGGAGAGAAGAAAAGGGUUCCCUUUUCCCCUUCCGUUUUUCUCCCCUCCCCCUCUCCCUCCCUUUUUGCCCAUGCCACGCAGGCUACAACUGCCUAUAUUUGUCUGAUAUUGUCCCCCUAAUGACUUCUUUGUUACUUUUAUCCAGGACUGGGUUUAUAAACAGAUCUGUUGUUGCACAACUCCUCUCCAUCCUCUGGUCGCCCCUCUUCUUGAAGCGUUUGUACAUUCAGUGAUCAAUCCUGUGUCCAGUAAAUCAUCCAAACAAAAAGAAACUGCUUUUACACUGCAUGGAUUCACUGAUGCCGAGGUUAUGUCAGUGUUCGCUCCCGAUCAGCAGGUAUGUGUUAUAUUUUCUAUGUUAUGACAGGGCUCGACAAUCUUUUAGAAUAAUAGAUAAAUCUUUGGAUUGGCUGGCACUCCUCUAAAGCCUGUGCAGUCAACGAUACCUACGCGUGUUUAAGUGAUUUUACGUAACCCUUGAAAUAGAUAGUAGAAUACUACGCUGUUUUACACUCUAAUUUCAUUGUUUUCUUUUGUUAACUUGUAACUAUUUGGCGCUGGUUAUUAGAUACUGUUUCACGGGUUAAGUAAAAUCACUCUUAACUCUAUCCUGUACUAUAACAAACGUAACUGAGGUGCUCAAACAAGCACGACUACAACCACGAUGAAUUUGCGAUCUUUCAAACGCUAUAAUUAUCGUGAAGUUAAAUUCUUAAGGACUCUUACCAAGUUCAAAAAGGUAAAGGAAAAUUUGUCGUCAUCUGUUUAUGUCCUUCAUAAAACGUCACCUAGGAAGUAUUAGGCUGAUUUAGCAACAGAACGGGAACGUCAGUUGACGACGGUGCGCGCAAAUCAAACAACUGGCUUGACCAACACCGCGGCAAAACGUCUACGCAUGCGCCAGGUUGAGCAUUUCCGGUCCCCUUUUUCAGUCACACUUUCCAGUCAAAGUCUCCCGCGCGCUUCAUUCUGUGUGCAGCUUGUGGUUCAGUUGUUCUGCUUUAUGCUGCUCGUGUUUUUGACUAUUUUGUAGUUAUUGAAAUUGCUUUUAUGGAUAACCAGGCACAGAUCACUGAAACGAUUAGUCGAUUAGAUUCAGAAAAGGUAAGAUGAUAAUAACUCACUGUGUAAUUUUGGCUAGAACGUCAGGUAAACUGAUUUUCAUUCACGAAAAUAAAGUUUUUGACUGUUAUUUUUCACUUAACCUGGCUGAAACUAAGACAUAAAAUUAAAACGUUAUCAUUGCGAGCUUGUGUAUUGUAGUUCUAAUUUUCAGUUCUUCAGUUUCUCAGUCUACAUGUGUUAAAGCCGAUUGAAACUUUAUUUGGAAAACGACAACACACAAUCGCUUUGUAGUUUUGUUUACCAGUGGGUUUUACCGUGUUUUAAAACGAAACUCUUCUGGGUUGAUUGCCAUGAAACAUAAGUUUAAUUAUACUGUUGAGACGGUUGGCAGCAAGUUGACAACUUAUUAUUUAUUUAUUUUUCCAUUCUCAGAAUCAGAGAGCGAAAGCUGGUUUAGUGGCUUUUAGAAGUCGAACUUUUCAUGCCAUGUAUUUAGCAGCUAGAAGUUUCGUGUUUGCAUGAGAUGCAGCCGAGCCGCACAGUCUGAAAUUAUUGAAGUCUUCAACAAAAGAACAACCAUGUAAAAGAAUUAAAUAGGCAUUUUCUUGAAUGAAAGUCAUUUAUAGGCAUGUUUAGUUUCCCGGUGACUGCAGUCAUCAAAGUCAAAGUUGUUAUUAAAUCCCGCCCAUCUUUUGUUUUGAGUUCUUGUUUUCUCUGAUAAUAAAACAAAUUAUUGAACGGACUGAAAUUUUAUUUCCUGGUUUUAGUGUUUUUUAUGAUAAUGAUGACGUCUUUAUUUUGGUUUCUUUCAUAAGUAUUGUUAUUCUUUUCUUAGUUGUCGCCUUCUCCCAAAUUAACUUAUGCCAAACCAGUAGCAUGCAAGAAAGCCAGUAAAAACAAAUUCGUCUUGUCGAGCGCUCGCGACCUGCAAACUUCAAACAUCAUUUUCACCGUUGGUGCAAACAGAUAACCAUGUGGUGCAAAAGUUUGAGAAUAGAAAAAUAUAUAAGCUUUCGAAUGAAGUGAUUUUUUUGGCCCCCUUUUUUGUCUGUUUCGCCCUUUUUGCUUUUAAACUUGGCGCGACGGCAAAGUUAUGCUUACGCUAUUGGUUUAUAUACUAGACCGGAAAUAAAAAGCUGACCGGAUAUUAAAUUUUGUGCUCAUGCGCAUUGCGUUUUGCCGCGGUGUUGGCUUGACCAGUGGCAGAGCGGCAAAUUGCGCACCGGAAGUCGUGUUUAGUCCUUUCCGCGCGCUUUCCUGUCGUCAACUGACGUUCCCGUCCUGUUGCUAAAUCAGCCUAACAUGUCGUAGUCGUGUAGUGGACGUCAAAGAAAUGUACAAAAAAGUAGUGAUGCACGUGCAUAGUCGUUGUUAUGCUGCUUAUGCAACCAAUCGUUUUAUUGCGUUUUCAAACGUAAACAGUUUCACGUGAACACAGCCUGAGUUGCAUACGUCAACGAAUAAUAAAGUGAUUUUAUUUUGUGUCUUUAAAAUACUUUUCAGGAUCAGGGAACUGCUUUUCGGAUUCAUGGAAUUCCUUUGGGAUCCCUAAGGCGAAGCUCAGUUUAUGUUGCAACAGAACUGUCCUCUCGCCUCACCUCACAGAUUCUGAUGCUGUACUAUGUUUUAACUUACCAAGACUGUCUUCUCUCCAACAUGAAAUCAUUAGGUAAGGCCUAAACAACAUCAUUCCAACCGCGGUACCAUUAGCUAAGGCGGUAGGGCUCUGGAUGGCGGAGCGGGAGAUCCCGGGUCCGAUCCCCGGGGCAGGACCUAUACUCAGGUUCUUUAAAUAACUGAAAAAUGAAGGUGCUGCCUUUGGCCUACAAACGGCUUGACCUUCUCGGGGCUCGGAUGACCACGUAAAAUGGCGGUCCCGUUUCCUGUAUGAGGCAUGGUAACGGUCAUCUGAAGUUUUUCCUUUACCCUGUUUAAUAACAUGGGAAAUUUCGCAAGUUGUUUAAAUCAUCCCGGAAAUGUUUGGUCGGAGCUCAAGACAGCGUGACCGAGUAGUCAGUAAGCUAGUAUCUGAAGAUCGCCAGUAAUUGUUCUGCUCCUUGUUGCGCGGCAUACCCGAGCUCAACAUUCCUGGACAUAUUUUAACAUAUCCGAUCCUUCUGCCCCCUUUUAUCUCGUUAUUUCUGAAAUUCAUUCAUUGGUUUUCUUGAUUAAGUGUCACUCCAGGAAUCUGUAGACGGCUUUAACAAAGAUCAACGGCAAGGUGUCUUUCAACAUUUCAAUUAAAACAACAUUUACUUGUGUCUUACAACUCUUGUGACUCUUUUUAUCGUAUUGGUUGCAGUGUCUAACAACAUUCAGCCUCAGUGGCUAUCCCCUAUGCUACUCUCGCAAAUCCCUAUAAAACACCUAUUGGAACAGGCCAGGAGUCGACGCCAGGAAUUCAGAGGACUGUACGCUCCUCUCCUGCAGCUGAUAAACACUCACUUGCCGCAUCUGUGUCUGGUCGAUGAUUGGCUUAGACAAGAGGAGGUAUUCACAGCACCGCUGUCUGCUGCAUCUCCGCUACCCAAUAUCAAGUGUUCGCCCUUGCUGCUCAAGGAAGGUACGUCUAAUAAUUAUCUGGAGUGAUUUUUUUUCCUCUUCAGAUUUCCCUUUUAUCUUCAUAGCAGAGCUUCAUUUCGAUCACUUCGAAACCUCUUCAUUUGGACGUAGCAUAUUAAACGCGAAAGCAAGUGUUUCCUCCCAUUCCCAGACAUCGAGAAAAGGGUUAAAAGAAAACAAAGCCCCGCUGCGUACUUUAAAUGAGCUUCGCCUGUUUGAUAUCUGAUGUUUCGUGGAGUAAUUCGUGGCCAUAGUUGACCAGGGCCUAGGCCAAACCUCGAACUAUUCAUGAGAUGAACCAAACUUAGUGAGUUAAGGUCAUGAAAUUUCGACGUCUAGCUCAGUUACGUUCGUCUGAAUGAGUUUGGAUCGUCCAAGUCAUCACGUUCAAUCCGUCUGCUUCAGAUGGAUAGAACGUCUGAAGAUCGUCUCCGGGACAACGUGUGACGAACUAAACAAGCAGCUUAAACCUUUGUAUGAUAAUGUAUAUUUAGCCUCGUUCGGGAGAAAAUUUAUUACUGAUCUGAUUCAGGUGAUUUGUUCAACGCGUCGUAAGUUCGACGUCUGAGCCAACAGACGAUCUUAACUUAGUAUUGGUCAUCCUCGGAGACCCAGGGGCAGUUAGUCGGGACGAUACAAUGUUCGUGGUGAAAGUUUACAGUAAACUUUCACCACGAACAUUGUAUCGUCACGACUAACUGUCCCUGGGUCUCCGAGGAUGAAUAUUGGUCGACCCAAAUUAGAGUUUGAUUCGUCUCAUGAAAAGUUUAACGUUUAGCAUAGCCCUUAAAACCUUACACGCCUGCUUAACUGCAAAAGAAAAUUUUAGGUGUCAAGGACCGACUGCCAUAGCUGGACGAACAAAUUUUGCAACAUAAAUAACAGUCCCAAUUAGUUAAGCUUGGCGGAAAAAUGCAAAUACCAUAUAUUCCAGAUCUCUUGCACUAUAUGGUGAGAAGAAUGUGCUUAUUUUCUUGUUUUUUCUAACUGCCUUAACCUCCGCUUGUCUUCUUAAAGUUUGUGUUAUUUCUUGUUCAAUAGCAAUGUCAUCACUGCAAGAUAAUCCUUGCCCAGCGCUGCUGUUACUCAGAAGACUGUUACGACUAGAGCCCAGUUCACUGAUCUCUUAUAUGGACGUUUUGGUCCAGGCUUUACCGAGCUUGCUGGAGCCUGGGAUCCCUCGUCGUGUUCAGACACUGUGCUGUGAAUUGUGGACAAAGAUGAACACGGUUAUACCUCGCAAGUAAGAAAUGGUCACAUUCAUCUAGAGAAUCACGUGCUACAAACAUCGCCAUAGUUCAUGAAAGGGGCUCUGUCAUACUAUUUGCUACCUUUUGAAAGGCUAAAACUUGUUUUCGCAUCAAUCAAAUUCCAAAGAAAUUGUUCAGUUUUGUUAUUUUAGACUAUAUGUAGGCAUUGAAACUGUUUCCUGUCGUCUGUCGCAACGGAUGGCACGGAUGCACGUGGAUUGAGACUUGAAAAACUUAGACCAACUUGUUAAAGUAUAAUUCUAUGCCUGCAAAAAUCACUUUUCAAAAUUACAAGCGUUUUGUGGGUAGUAGUAUAAACAAAUAAUAGCAGGAUUUGUGCGUGAUAUUUGGCAUAAAUACCACUUGGGACAUUUCAAAAUUGUCUCAAAUUUCACUCGCCUAACGGCGUUACGUAUACGUAUAACAAUUUCCAAAUAUCACUCGUGGUAUUUAUGCCAAAUAUCACUAAAAAUCUUGCUAUUACCUAUACAAAUCCCAAAUCUUAGCCUAACAGGUUUUGAUAUGCCAGAUUUUAUUGCGUUUCUGUACAGAUUGUGGCUGGCCACUGUUAAUACUCUUUGCCCAGCAGAAACUCCAGUUCCUCAUUUGACGCCUCAGUUGUACACUGAUGAAGAUAUUAUGAAAGAUCCUUUGACGGUUUUGAGGUGUGACAGGAGAGUGUUCAGGUAAGCAUAUACAAAGUAACAAGGCCUUUGUGUUACAAUCUAUAUAAUUUCUGGACUACUUCAGUUUGAUACAAUGUAGUUUUGGUUUUUAUAAAUUAUCACUUUACGUAGCUGUGAGAUAUGCAAGUAUAUGAAUUGAUGUUAAAAAAUCCUUUUAGGGGCAGAUUUUCCAACAAUAGAUAGAUUAAGAUUCAUGUUUACGCCAAACGGCAAACGUGAACUUGUACCACAUGACCAAGUUUUUCCCUUAAUUGUCGUGUAUUGUUUAUUACUUCUACUCAAAAAUAAGUAGUUUCACGCCAGUUUUAUCCGUAAGAAUUGUUCUGGACAGUUUUUAUCUGCUUAUUUUCUAUUCUGAGAGAUUCUCAACUUAAAUCUGCCGUUUGCCGAUUGCCGUAGACGUGAAUCUUAACCUCUCUAUUAUCAAACAAUUCGCCUCAGGUGGAUAAUCCCUCUUUAAAUUAUUCAAUGAAAACUUGUUUUCAUAGACGUAUCCUCUGAAGAUUUGUUUUGCUUUUCUUAUUUAGAUGUCCUCCUCUAUUUGACCUACUUGUGAGGGUCCUUAUGGGGUAUCUAGCAGGCUCGAGGGCCCUUUUAAGUCAGUAUCUGCAGGCUCAUCCCGCAUCAAGGACGGAGGGCCUGGCUGUGGAGCAGGAAAGGGAGGAGCUUAGGGCUGCCCUGGUGACAGCACAGGAGAGUGCCGCAAUACAGAUCUUACUUGAAGUCUGCGUGAAAACAGCUCAGGAUCAGGUUAGUUCGUAUAAUGUCGAAAUCCAAAUAAUCUGAAUGCGACUCACAGGUCUCGUGCGAGUUGCCCUCUCUACCAGUCCCACAAACUAUGAAAGGAAAGCCGCUGCGCUAAAACGUGAAAUUAGGCAUUUUCACGUCGCAUUCGUGCAGCGACGGCCAAGAAAUGAACAAAAAAGCGUGAUGCACGUGCAGAGUUGUUGUUUUACUGAUUCCCGUUGCCGUAGUCGUCGUUGUUUCUAAAGCUCCCUAAUGAGUUCCAAGCUACUAAAGGUGUGGCUGAGAGGUUUGGUGGAAGACUAGGGCUGAGAAGGGUGGAGCAAGUUUAUUGUAGUCUUUCAGACAAGAACAAGUUGUAUAAUAUUGAUUUCUCUUUGUUAACAGGAUCAACCGGGUUGCAGUGGAUCAGCAGUUCUUCGUGAAAUUCAGUGCCGAGUCUGUUCACAGCUUCAUCAGAUGUUUAUCGCUGUUCCAGACAUUGCAAAACUUGUUCAUUUUCAGGUACUCGGUGUAGUUGUUUCCUGCACAGCACAUAACUUGUGAAGCAUUUUUAAUUAAAUGUGUGACUGAACCGAGUGAGUUUCACUUGCGUAUUGAAUUCAUUUUAGGUUUAUUUUGGUUUUGCUUUGAAAGAAUUUUUCCUCGGUUACUGUAACCAGGGGUCAAUUUAAAAAAACCUUUACAAGUGUAAUUUACAAGUGUAGCCAUUGUUUUGAGACCCUAAAACAAUGGCUACACGGUAAGUUACACUUGUUAAAGUUUUGUUAAAUUGACCCCAGUUGAGGAUUUCUAAAACUAACCAGUUAUUAGACGAGGAUAAGCAAAGUAUCGUAAUUUGUUUGUCGCGAGCAGAUAAGUGUAUUAUUUGAUCUGCAAUACACUGCCCUUUGCCCUUUGUUUUUUAAGCGUCAAAAACUUACAAAUUUGGAGAUUCAUUUUCGUCCUUAAAUGAUGCGUAACUGAUAAAAAGUGCACCAAUUUACAAAAGAGGUCAAAAGUUUUCAAUAAAAAAAAAUACCUGCUUAAAUGCCGGAAUAAAAAGGCUGCAUUAAAGAAUUAUUUAUAUGCUUUAUACGAGCUAAAUUAUAAGUUUAAGGGAUUACAUGUAGCACUUUUGCCAAGCGCGGGAAAAACGACAACUGCUAGAAAUUACACAACUCUUUGUAGCAGUUGUUACUAAGGAAGAUUUUUUUUCAACUUAAAAGUUAAAAAAAAAAAUCUUCAGUGGUUCUUUAUUUCCCUCCCACCUGAUGGCUGCUUUCAGUAUAGUACAAAUGGAAUUAAUAUGAAGUGGUUAAAGAGCUCGGAAAGUAAGAAAACGUUUGUGGAAAGGUCUUAUCUGUCGGAUCAUUGCAAUGUCAGUUUGUAAUUAUUCACUUUACAGGGGUACCCAGAGGAGCUGUUGCCUGUCACAGUUGCUGGUAUCCCUUCGAUGCACAUCUGUUUGGACUUCAUAUGUGAACUUGUCAACCAGCCACAACUGGAAAAACAGGUUUGUAAGAAUUGUUUCUCCAGGUUUAGCGACUCGAUAACCACUAAACAAGACUGCGAACAAUCGUUCCUUUUCCUUAGACCAGUGAGGCGCGUGGAUUGAUUUACGAGUAUGCAAAUUUUCCCUCGUUUGGGCUGCCUUGCCGCUCAGUUGGUUCUUAUCGCUGUAGCCUGUGCCAGGCUUCAUCUUGCGGUGAAAAAAGAUGCGAAAAACGCGCGGGGGCUAGGGAGAGAGAGGGCCACCACCCACUUCCCCAGAUCGCGCGCGUUUUAUAUUCGCUUCGCUAGUUUUAUUUUCGCGACGUCGAUCGCGUUCCCAUUAUAUGAGAACCUGGCACAGGCUCGUAUCGCUGGGGAAGGUCUCCUCUUAUUUACAGAAAACAGGAAAAGAUUGUAACUACUUGCAGCCUAGACAACGACGUGAGAAUGUUGAAGUUUUACUGCAUUCUCUAGUACUGGUUAGUUGCUGUUUUUCAAUUAUAUCAACAUGUUUUCUCUAUCUUGUUGUAGUUAUUUGCAAUACAGCUCGCUUCAUAUCUUUGCCUUCAAUUCCCUCUCCCCAAGGCGAUGGGUGUGGCUAGGUACAUUCUCAGUCGCCUCAGUUCUCUCUUGGCUACACUCCCUGCUAGCAAACGUGUAGCAUUUUUCACUCCUGCCCUCCCAGCCUUGGUCCGAUUUUGUCGAGCAUUUCCGCCAUUGUGUGACGAAGCCACAGGGUUUCUGUUGGAGCUUGGUCGAGUAGCAGCAUCUCAUGCUUCAGCAUCUGUUGGACAUCCUUUAGGUAAGUCACAACACCAAUCUUGCCCGAACGAAGGCUGGAGUACAAUCCGUUUUGUGCUCCCGCGUUCAUUAGCCCCAACUUCGUUCCUAGGGUUUUGGUCUACUCGUCCCUCUAGUGGAAGAGUAUGAGAGGACCCUAGAAACGAAGUUGCAUUAGCCCAUGGCAGGAGGAUGCCAAGGCCAAGCUGACUCUCUCAAACAGCUGGAAAUCUACCCCAGCGUGAGAAAGACGAGUAUAAUUUUACCCUGUGAAUAACAAUUUUGUCUGCGUCACAAAUUUCCAACUCAUGCGUAACUUAAAACUUCUCAAAAGUAGGUUGAAUUUGAUCGUCCGGGUGAACGUAGUCCUCAAUAGGACUGUUGUUGUUGACAGUGACUGACGUUUCGACAACCUGUGCGGUAGUCAUCUUCAGAGUCGAAGUUGACCAUUGAUGAAAGGUGUUUUGCUAGCUCGCGUUGUUUCCUGUUUUGAUUGAGCUUUAUAUUGUAUCCUUUUUUUAAUACUAGAUUGGCAAAGAUUUUUACCCAACAUGAGUAUUGAAAGUUGUAUAAUCUUGGUAUACAUCAGCACUCAUCCCUUGUCCUCGAUGAGAUCCUGAGAGAAGAUUGUAUACCAUAGUAAAUUGUUAAAUCCCUUUCUCGUCUUUUAGGUACUCCAGGAUCUCUCUUGCAUCAACUGGCGCCUGAGCAGCACCAAGAAACCACUGACCAAGAAGACCACGGCUUCACGGAUGACGUGUGGCUCCCCAACAAUGUUGCUCGUGAAAAGGAAAGAAGUGUUUUGGAGAAACCUACUGAUGCUGAUUUAUGUCAGGCGAUCGAAAAUACUUUUUUAAACCUUUCCAAUGUGGCAGUUGUUAAACAACAGAGUUGUGACAGUUAGAAUAUUUGAAACUUUCAACCUUAAAUGAGGUGGAUCUCUUCAGUCGCGUUUAGGCUGCGAGCAGCCAGUAUUCUCCACAGAGACAGCGAGCGAAAUACGCGAGCUCGUGAAAAUUGCCUCUUGUGAGGAAGGUGAUACGCGGAGGGCAGCCUUCUUCGAGUGUGGCGAUUUGCCAUUCUUCCCAUUGGUUGUGCUUUAAAAGGAUUUGACUGAUGAAAUGUUUUUGCUUUUUUCUUCGAAAAACGACAACAACAUUCUGUACUAUCUCGGUUAUAAAUGCCCGCUUGAGUGAAAUGCUAUGCUUAUUACAAGAGGUUACGAGAGGAAGAACGGGUGUACUAAAAUGUACCAAUGUUGACAGUGAAAGUAAUGACGUCACAGUUUUCAUGACGGUUACUUUGUAAAUAAACUACAAAAGAGUUGUAAAUAUAGAAACAUUUCU